ACGGUUUACGGAUCACCCUGCGGUCAAAGCUCGCGCUAAAAAGCAGCGAUGAGCCAGCCUGCAUCGACCAGUUCGGCAGGCCGCGAACGGGUGACCAAAAACAAACCGAUUAAGGGAAAGAGUCGACGGCGGGUUAACAAGCCGUACAGAUCGUACGUGUGGCACUAUUUCGACCGUCUUGGUUCACUCGCAAAAUGUCGAGUUUGCCAACACGAGAUACAGAACAAGAAGCACACGACGUCCUCGCUCAUUCGGCACCUUGAGCAGAUACACCAGUUGGAGAAGGGGAUGAUGGUCGACAACAUCGAGACCCUGCCUACGGUCCAGCGGCUUUCGUCUAACAUGGGCUCGCGCAUGCGCGAUCGUGUGAUGAAAAGCUUCACAAGAGACAAUCACAUCGGAGGCACAACGUUGGGCAGCAGCAUCUGGAAGUGUAAACACUGCACGUAUAUGAUCCAAGGGAAGAAGCUGCUGCUCCCGAUGUUUCUCCAUUUGAAAAGCGCGCAUUGGAAAGCGAACGGCCCAGCUGCAUUCGACAACAAAACAAUGCCGGCUAGUAAUAAGCGCCGGCAGAAUCUCGCGGAUAAAAUCACCGACGAACAGCGCGUCGAUGAUGAUUACGACUUGACGGAUUACCUCCUGGAUCGCGCGAACUCGAGCGUCACCGCGAGCUCGAUUAGCGCGGCUAAAGAGCUCGUAGACAAAGAGGAAACUGGUAUCUCCGGGAGGCUCGUUGCGGGAAAAAAUUCUGUAUUCAUAAACGACGAGUCGAAGCUCGAUGGUGGCAGGCUGGUGCAGUAUAAGAUCAGGAUAAAUCUGCCCAACGGAAACGAGAUUGAGGGCUUCGUUAUGGGUGGCGAGGAGAACUGCGGCGAACGGGAAAGGAAAAGGGAGGUCGUUACUGUUAGUCACGGGCAAAACGCCGUUAAUCUUGAUCACAAUUAUCACGACGAGUCGCGGACCGUCUCGCCCGUUCUGGGCGAACAAUCCGCGGCACAUUCUAGGCUUGAUAACGCGAUCGAGGACGUGAAGGACGACGUGAUCGAACCUCAGGUUCCUAUAGACAAUGAGAGGCAAUUUGAUCACCAGUACUCGAGGAAGUCGAGCCCCAAACCUUUAACUUCGAAGCAAACCAGAUCUCCGAAAAGUCUUUCGGCAAUGCGAUCGUGUAACAGAAAUAAAAGCAAUGCUCCGAAAGCUGAACACGAAGAUCUCGACACUUCCGAACUUGACAUUCAAGUUCCACUCGAAAAUAUUCCUAGCUUUAUCGCCGACGUUAAAGUCGACAAUAAUGGUCAAACAUCCAGCUAUGAGUUUAUCAAAACCGAAAAGGCUGGGGAGAAGCAGAAUGUUGCAGUUAUUACUCUAAACCGCCCGAAAGCCUUAAAUGCCUUGUGCGAUAAGCUUGUAGAUGAGUUGGGUGAUGCUGUUACCAAGUUUGACAACGACGACAGCAUUGGUGCAGUGGUAAUAACGGGAAGCGAGAAGGCUUUCGCUGCAGGCGCUGAUAUCAAGGAAAUGAAGGAUCGCUCAUAUGCUCAAACUGUUAAAUCAAAGAUGCUCGCAGGGUGGGAAGACAUUUCAAAGGCUUCUAAGCCAAUCAUUGCUGCAGUUAACGGCUACGCACUCGGUGGUGGUUGCGAACUGGCUAUGUUGUGUGACAUCAUUUACGCAGGGGAAAAAGCUCGCUUUGGUCAACCAGAAAUCGUUAUUGGUACUAUUCCAGGAGCAGGCGGUACCCAGAGGUUGAUCAGGGUAAUAGGAAAGAGCAAAGCGAUGGAAAUGGUACUUACCGGAAAUCAGAUCUCUGCUCAGGAGGCUGAGAAAGCAGGUCUGGUCAGCAAAAUUUUCCCUCCGGAGCAGCUAUUGCCGGAGGCCAUCAAGCUUGGAGAGAAAAUAUCCACUCAUUCUCCGUUGAUCGUAUCAAUGGCAAAGGAAUCAGUCAACACUGCAUAUGAAACCACGCUGCGGCAAGGACUUCAGUUUGAGAAAAAGCUCUUCUACGGAACGUUUGCUACGGCCGAUCAAAAAGAAGGAAUGACGGCGUUUGUCGAAAAACGUGCGCCCAAAUUCACCAGUGAAUAAAAUAAAUCUAAGAUAAGUCUCAUCGGCAAUAACGAGAGGUGAAUUGGAAUUCCAGCAUUUACAAUACGACGUACCUAAAUCUACCUAUUUUUAUACAAAUCAGAAUUAUGUUUAUCGUAAGUGUUUUUAAUAAAGUUUAGUCAAUUUGUUGCCAUCUCAAA